CCCAUGUCAUCCAUCCGCACUGUACAACCAGAGUGACAAAAGCGCCAGCACCAUCGUGCAGGGACGCGUUGCAAGGAAGAGCCAAGGCAGUACAGCCAGCCAGCCAACCAAGCCUCGCCCAGACCUGGCUACAACCCCAUCCAGCAGCUAUCUGACCCGACGCCCGAGAUCUCAUCUCUUGAGAUGCCCCUCCUUCUUGAUGUCCUUCUUGACGCGCUGGCUCCCCCCGCCUCCUCUCUUGGUCCAGCUCGACUCGGAGGCGCCCUUGCCGCUGCUCGCGGUGGCCUUCUUCUGGGUCCUGGUCUUCUUUGUGGUCGUCUUGUCGGUGCUCCCGGCCGCUGCCCCGCCGGUGACCUCCUGCUCGCCGAGCUCGUCCUCCCGCUGCACAAACACAUACUUGGAUGCCUCCUUCGACAGACGGAACUGAACCGCCAUCUCAAACGCCGUCUGCACCACUCCACCACACAGCACACAAGAGACUCUCUGAGUGGUGCAGAGCGUGGCUGUGGCGGGUCACACGUGUGUGGGGGGCAUGUGUGUACCUGGGAGCCAAGCGUUGAGACGGCGAAAGAUUUCCGCCGUUGUUUGCCGCCCUCGUCCCACACGGCCCGCCAGGCCCGCAUGCUCUUGUCAUAGUGCACGCCACGCACCGGGCUCUUCACCGGCCCAUAGCGCUUCUGCGCCGCCCGGCCAGCAGCCUCCUUGGCCUGCCGCAGCUCGAUGGCCCGCUGCUUGGCCUCCUCAAAGCCAUGCUCCGACGCCUUGAACUCCUCCAUACGCUGCUUCCCGUCUUCGUACCUACGAUGACGAUGCAAACACACACACAGGACAAAGGCCCUUUGGAUGGUGUGGGAGUGUGAUUGUCGGCGUGCGUGCGUACCAUCGAGCCUGCCAGGUGCGCUUGUGUCUGUCUCAGCCGACGCCGGUCACGCCGCUCUCGUACACCGGCAGCCGCACAAGCGUCCUCUCACCACCGGUUGCUGCUGAUGAUGUCAUACGGAAGGACGGUGGGAAGAAGAAACCAGAUGAAGCGAGAAGAUGGCGGGACGGUGAACUCCCCUCGAAGCGGAAAACCUCAAGCACUGCCCUCCUCUGCCCUCCUCCUUCCCAUCUAAGCUCGCAAAAGACGGAGGAAGAGAAAAGAGAAGGAGUCAUCGAUGAUAGCAUGGUAUUGAUAUCUUCACUUUCGAUACAGAUUGAAGCGAUGAAUGGUGAGGGAGCAGAUCAGGGGCACAGAUCUGGCUGCACUCAU